AUUGAAGCAGUCGGUGCAGCCAGCGGUUUUGACUGAUUAAUCCACAUGUUUUUGGUCGGCGAAUUUAUAAGGCUGCUAUAAAGAAGCUGGUUGUGCUAUAAUGAUUUUUUCCAAAAUGACAUGAAUUUACUAAUGGCAAACUGAAGACGCGAAAAGGCGACUGAGCUAGAAUAGUAAAUAAUACACCAACUUGCUACCUUUGCUGUGACUUUUAUUCCGAUCCAGAGAAACAGGUCUGAGCAUGCGCACUGCAUCGGCUCUAUGGGGACGGGGAGGACAUCACGGAAAAACGUAGCAGCAGCACCACAAACCCCACGCCGAGAUUUCGUCUCCCCGCUGCGCUGAAACUGCGCGACGAAAGGACCGGCCGACUAUGCCCGGUGCGGCGUCAAGGUGCCGGGCGAUCCCUUAACGGGCCUGGGCGAGGUCCGAGCCGUUGCCGGGAGGGAAAUACAUUUCUUCAUAUGGGAGCAGCAUGCGGGAAAUGGUCGGAGGUUGCUGCGUGUGUUCAGACGAGCGAGGCUGGGCUGAGAAUCCGCUGGUUUACUGUGAUGGACACGGCUGCAGCGUCGCCGUUCACCAAGCAUGUUACGGCAUCGUCCAGGUGCCCACGGGCCCGUGGUUCUGUCGUAAGUGUGAGUCACAGGAGCGGGCGGCACGCGUGAGGUGUGAGCUGUGCCCCCACAAAGAUGGCGCCCUCAAGAGGACAGACAGCGGCGGCUGGGCCCACGUCGUGUGCGCGCUCUACAUCCCUGAGGUGCAGUUCGCCAACGUCAUCACCAUGGAGCCCAUCAUCCUUCAGUACGUCCCCAACGAGCGCUACAUCAAGCCGUGUUACAUCUGUGAGGAGCAUGGGAGGGAGAGCAAGGCCGCCUGCGGGGCCUGCAUGACCUGCAACAGGCAGGGCUGCAGGCAGGCUUUCCACGUCACCUGUGCUCAGAUGGCUGGUCUUCUGUGUGAGGAGGAAGGCCCCGAGGCAGACAACGUGAAGUACUGUGGCUACUGCAAGCAUCACUAUAACAAAAUGCAGAAGAAGUUGCGCUCCAGUGAAAACACGAGUAGUUCCUUCAGUCAUUCCAGGGGUCACUCCAGCUCCCCCCCACAGGACAAACACCACUACCACAGACAACGGAAGAGUCACAAAGACAAGCUUCGUCAGAAGGAACGCCACAAGAAGUCCUCCGACAGCCUGAGCUCUUCAGUGACAAGCAGCACUAUAGAAAAGCAGAUCUCCUCCAGUCACCACAGCAGCAAGGAGAGCGACGUGAAGUCCAAGAAGCUGAGCUCACACAGUCACAGUCAUCGCAGUAAGAAGACGGGAGGUGCCGGCAAGAGCUGCUCCUCUUCCUCCUGCUCAUCGAGCCCCUUCAACACAGGUGGCUCCUUGUCUUCCGCUCAGGAUUUCCAUGCGUUCUCUUCUUCCUCCCGCCUGGAGCGUGACCAUGACCGCGGCGGCGACGACCACAGCGGGGAGGAGCCCAAGGAGCGCCACAGGAGGCCAGCGGUCCAGCCAGAUGAUGAGGAAGAGGAGGACGAGAAAGAGGAGUUCAAAGACCAGGAGGAGUUAGAAGAGGAGGAGGACAGGAAAUACCACAAGCCGCCAGCCCUGACGCCUGCCGACGGCCCGCUGGCAGGCUCGCAAGGUCACGACAGGUCAGAGGGCAACUCGAGCCCUUUCGAAAACAAGGUCACCAUCUCAACGUUCGGGUCCAUCAUGCGCAUCACCUCGUCAUCAGGGCUGAGCAGCAGCAGCAAGAUUCGCAAGAUCUCAUCCUCAGGGGACUACAAACCUUCUAAGUCUCUCUGCAAGCCGUCUCAACUGAGCACGCUGCCUACCCUGGAGGAGGCGGAGCUAGAGGACAAAGCCACGCCUCCUCCGCUGCCUCGAGAGAGGAGACACCGCAGCAGCAAGAAGAGCCGCCAUGGCCCCGGGCGCCCGCGGGGCAGCAAGAACCGAGAGAGAAGGGAGGAGGAGCAUCACCACCACCAUCACCACGCUGCACCUCCGCCUCCAGCUCCAGCUCCAGCCCCGAGCUCCUCGCUCUACUCCAGCUCGUCAUCCGUCCCACACCCUGCUUUCCCCAGCGCCGCACCUCCCACUGCCAGCUCCGCCUCCUCCUCGCUCUCCUCUUCUACCAGCAGUUUUUCCACAAGUCGCAGCAACUCGUUGCUCGGCUCUGGUGUCUACUCCAGCAUCAAGGACCCUCUCAUGCUAGGUGGGGGUGUUUGCAGUACCCCCAUCUCCCUGGGUGGAGGAGUGUGUAGCACCUCCUUGUCCUUAGGGGGGGGCAUGUGUAGCACCCCUCUCUCCUCAGGACUCCUUCCAUCCCACAGCUCCUCACUCUCACUCCCGUCCAUCAACGCUGUCUCAAACACACAGGUCCAUCUAGGUUCCAGCACCUCCUACAGCCUGGCCUCCUCUCAGCCUUUUGCCAGCUGUCUCUCUACAGCCCCACCACUACUGAGCCAAGCCCAGACCUCACUGCAAGAGUUUGACCUCGAUGACUGCCGAUUCCCAUGUCAGGGGAACUCCCCGAGGGAGAGCCUCUCCUCUCAGUCUCCCAUGAGCUGUCUUCCUCUGCUGUUUGACCAGAGAGACGGGCUGGGACCUGGAGUUAGAGCCCGGCCCGAGAACGUCCCUGCAGCCAGCUCCCACAUUGAACUGCUUCUGGAAAAGCAUGGCAACGGAGAGAUGGGAGUCAACAUUGUGGAGAUGCUCCAGUCGCUGCACUCGCUGCAGCAGGAGAACCAGCGACUCCAGGACCAGAUCCUCAGCCUGACUGCAAAGAAGGAGCGGCUGCAACUGCUCAAUACUGAACUGGCCGUGCCCUUUCCUCCUCACAUUCAUUCCACACAGGGAUCCAUGCACGCGUCUGCCCAGAUCAAUUUCCUGUCAUCCACCCAAGACCCCCUGAGCACCAAUAAGAGUCCCCUGUCCAAAACCUGCUUCCUGAAUGACACCUCUUUUGUUACCUCGUCUGAGGAGCUGCACUCUGGUAGUCCGUCCCGCAGCAGCUCAUCCCUCUCGUUCCAAAGUACUCCUCCUCCUCAGCAGAGCCCCGCCUCCUUCAACCAGCCCCUGCUCAACGGUCUGGGCAGAGGCCUGAGCGACGGCCUGGGGACCAUCAGCCAGGCCGGCAGCUCCUCCCUUCCUGUGGUGGGUGGGCUCAUGGCAUCGCUUGCAGGAAGUCCUCAGCUGACUGUGAACGGCGUGCUCGGCAGUCUGAACGGCGUCAUCCAGUCUCCCGUCCCAAACGCCCCUCAGCCCACACUUCCUGCUCUGCGCCCCCAGCCUCCACCGCUCAACCCUCAGGCACUGGCACAGAGCUUUCAUCUUCCCAAGAGUGUGAGCCCGUCUACGAUCCUGUCAGAGCAACAGAAGCAGCUUCUUCUGGAGCAGCAGCAGCAACAGCAGCAGCUCCAGCAGUUCCUAACGUCGCAGAACUUCACUCCUGAGCAGCAGGUGGUGGUGUGCCAGAUGCUGCAGCAGCAGAGACAGAGGGAGCUGCAGCGUCUCACACUGACAGGAGCGCUCGCCUCCACCCCCAACUCGCCCAUGAUCGCCCAGUCCCCCAGCCUGCUGUCGUCUGCCACAGCCUCGCCCCUGCAGGGCGCCCAGGGAGGCGGCCUGUUUGGCCUGCAGGAAGCCACGCACCACAAGCCCGGAGCAGCGGGAGAGAAGGGCGGAGACAAGAACGGGUGACUCUAGUGGAGCAGCUGAAAUGAAGAUACAGGACUUCAAACGGCUUGAAGAGCUGAGGUUCAAGAGUUUUGACAUCUUUCCUUCUCUGUCAUGUUUCCCUUAACCCUCUUUUAUGAAUGUAUAACAAGAUGGACUUAAGCAUCAAGUUAGUGUUUUUUUCAUGUUUUCCUUAUAUCUGAGGUUCUUCUCCUAGGUUUUUUUGCGUAGGCAGCUUUCAGAGAGCAUGAAUUCAAUGGUCUCUUUUUAAAUUGCACUAAUUUGUUAGCUAGAUCCAGUGGGGCUGCUCAUGAAGGCAGAGCCAGGGUUCUGGUGCUGCGCAGGCUCCUGGUUUUAGUGUGAACUCAAGGUCAGGGUGGGUUUCCUCUGACUCCUCAAGCACUGACCAUCGAUGAAUUCCCUCCACACCUUGAACAAGCGUUUCCAUUCAGUCAGCGAGAAUCAGCAACCUCAAGUGUCUUCCUCAAUAUUUUGUCUUCCCUCCCCACCCAGCAUUUCAUCCAGAUCCUCUACAGAGUUACAGCCUGUAGGCAUUUAUUAUGUUAGGAAUUGAUAUACUGUCAUUUUACAUGUGUUGUUAGUGGCAUUUUUAAAGUGAAACUAGUUAUUACCUCAGACUUUUCUGUCACCUGUUUUUCCUUUUGUGAACAUUUAGAGCACUCAUUACCGCAAUAGCCUUCACUGCAUGUAAAUGCCAGAAACGCCAGGAACUCUGGCUUUAAAAUCUAAGGUAUUAAGUCACAGAAAUGUUAAAAGGGUACACACCCCUCACUACCGUCCUCUAGCAACUGGCAUCAGUGUCAGCGGCCAGCACCAGAUAUUAUUUCCAGCUCCCGCGAGGGUUUUAUAUCUUUCCAGUUGCAAUGGAGAUUAAGCAGAUGAAACCAAACAUUUGGAAGUUGUAAGUUAAAAAAAGAAUUAGUUUUUCCUAAACAUUGUGCACUUUGCAUGUUAGUAGCUAACAGAGCAAAUUAGCCAUCAACGCGUUCCUUCUAAAGGAUGCUUGGUACUUAUUGAUCCAUUAGGCAGUACAGGUUUUGAUUUAAACACCUUUUUUGCACUCUGUCUGGAAGUGUCAGUUUUUAUCUUCUUCUCAUACACAGAGGUCGUUUUACAUGUUAACCGACUAGUCGCUCUUUUUAGCAAUACUGGAUAGAUGAUGCCUUAAUGAUGCUAGAUUUACAGAGUCCAAAGGCUCACUCUCGUCAUCCUUCUUCGUUAGUGUUUUGUAUCUCCAGUUACCAGAGGAGCACAUUAAUAGCGAGAGCGCUCUUCCUGAACUUAUUUCUACUUUUGAUAGCUAACCGACGAUUUCAACAGUUCAAUUGUGUGAAUAAUCGUAUAGUGGAAACUAAGGUGUCAAAGCAUUUUCUGUUGUAAUGUGUUCAGAUGCAAUGAUUUUUAGUUGUUUAUGCUUCAGAGAACUGAGAACCAAGGACUUGUUACAGUUACACCUGCUCGGUGAUGACAUAGGAAGGCCUGGACGUGGCCACUACUGGUAAAGUGCUGUUGCAGCGGUGUGAUAUUUGGUGUAGCUGUAAUCAGCACUGACAAAAUGAGCAAAUGUUUUUUUUGUACUCUUGGCUUUAUGAGCACAUGUUCAGAAUUUAAGCCAACAUAGGAUCUAUGAUAAGCUUCUCUUUUCUUCCACUUAUUAAUGUGAUGCCUCUGUUCUGCUCACAGGGGACAUUCACAGACUCGUCUUUUAGCCUCAAAGCAGGGGAUUAUUUCGUCAGGUUUGCGCCUGUGUUCUUAUCCUGUGUUCAUAUUAACAGGCCUCUUCAAAUAUUUUCUCACUUCUGUUUGAAACCUUGAACACGAUCUCCCACACAUGUGACAUUAUUAAUGCUAGGUCGUUUUGUUAGCAGCUAAUGUAGACUUCAGAAAGGAACUUAAAGCAGCUCGUUAGUCAGUGAUAAAUACUGUAGCAAUGACAGAAGGAGAAUGUUAAUUGUGUUGUUAAAGACGACUCCAAGUGAGAGGUCUGCAAUUUACCAAGUAUGUCCUAAAGAGUCACCUCUCAGCUGAGGGAAAGUCCAGACACGCGUCCAUGUCAAAGACAUUGACUGAAGAGUGGUGCAAAGGAUUUCUGGAGCAGUUUCUUUCUCAUGUUGCACUGGGGCAAUUUUAGCCCACUUGUAAAUCAUUUUAAGUACCUUUUGAAAUUCUGUUAAAGUACAUGUUGUAUACUUUAACAUGGUUGUGAAGAAUCACAUUAUUUUGACUUUAAAGUUUGGGUAAUCAAGAUAAUCCCUGUUAUGAAUGUCGUACUGUGUAUUUUUUAUGUAUUACAACAUUUAAGCACCUGGCUCUGAAUGACGUUUGAUGGAGAGCGAGGGACCUAUUGGGAUAUGAAUUGCAUGAAAUGCAGCAAGGUCUCUCAAAUAUAUUGCUAAAUACCAAGUAAUAACUAUGCAUAAUUUUAAAUGCAUUGUUCCCUGAAAAAAAUUAAUUAAGUGAAACAAGCACUGAUUAUUAAAAAGGACGAGCACGUUGUCAUUGUACAGUCUAUGUGUUUGAGUGAACUGAUCUGAUCGAAUUUGAAUAUUCAGAUAAAAAGCCCUGUAAAGUAUUUUAAUAUUUUUGUGUGUAAAAUUAAAAGAUGAAAUUAAGACAAGUUUUUUUUUUGUCAAUAAAUGUAUUUUACUGAGUUGUUUUA